AAUGAGUUGAAAUUUAGUUUAUAUUUACCACAACGGUCAAUAGAUCGACAGAUAUUUCAUUUAGCAAAAAAUGCACAAGGUUCAGUUGAUAACCUCAUUUGGAUAAAGGUCGUUGGUAUUGGUAAUGCAGGAGUUGGGAAAACAUGUCUGAUCAAACAUUUCUGUGAGAGUAAGUUCAGUGGAGGGUAUCAACCUACUGUAGGUGUUGAUUAUGGAUUUAAAAUUCAAAACGUAAAAGGGUAUGAGUUGCGAGUACAUCUUUGGGACUUAUCAGGAGCACCCGAGUAUAUCGACGUAAGGAAUGAGUUGUACGGACAGACGGACGCCGUAUUUUUAGUGUUUGAUGUCACCAACCAAGCCUCAUUUGAAAGCCUAGAAACAUGGAUAAAAGAGGUCAAUAAGUACAGUGGUGGUGUCCAGGAAAUUGUUCUUGUUGCUAACAAGGUAGACACAAAGUCAGGGAAGAGAUUAAUUUCUACACAAGAGGCGAAAAAAUGGGCUUCUAGCCAUAAGAUAAAUUUGUACGAGGCGAGUGCUGCUACAGGUGAUGGUGUUCAUAAAUUAUUUGAUGAAUUAUUAAACAAUGCUGUCAAUAAACGGAAACAAGCCGGACUUCUUCCUAAAAAUUUGUAGUACAUGUAUAUACUUGAAGGAUUUAACACAAAGGUGUAUCGCAGCAUUGUAUUAUAUCGCAGUAUUGGAUUAUAUCGCAGUAUUGUAUUAUAUCGCAGUAUUGUAUUGGAUCUCGAAUUGUAUUGUAUCGCUUAACUUGAUAACAAUUUUGAAAAUCUGGCGAAUGACUUAUCCAAACUGGAUUACUCGAUAUAAAGAAGUUCGUUAAUUACUUUUGUCAAAUUGAAGCUGAUGAAUAAAUGUCAUAAACUUUAAAAAGUGAAAAUGUCCA